AUACAAGAGCUGGGAAGGCGGCUCCGACGCGGACCCUACAGAGCCCGGCGUCCGCCUGCUAGCCAGCCUUGUCCCAGCGGCCGCCCAGGCUCGGAGCCACCCAGCGAGUCAGCGAGCGGCCUCAGGCCCACCAUGGGGAAAAACAACAGCAAGCUGGCCCCCGAGGUGCUAGAAGACUUGGUCCAGAACACCGAGUUCAGCGAGCAGGAGCUAAAGCAGUGGUACAAAGGGUUCCUGAAGGACUGUCCCAGCGGCAUCCUCAACCUGGAGGAGUUUCAGCAGCUCUAUAUCAAGUUCUUCCCCUACGGAGAUGCCUCCAAGUUUGCACAACAUGCUUUCCGCACCUUCGACAAGAACGGCGACGGCACCAUCGACUUCCGGGAGUUCAUCUGUGCCCUUUCUGUCACCUCCCGUGGCAGCUUCGAGCAGAAGCUCAACUGGGCCUUUGAAAUGUACGACCUGGACGGUGAUGGGCGCAUUACACGCCUGGAGAUGCUGGAGAUCAUUGAGGCUAUCUACAAAAUGGUGGGUACCGUGAUCAUGAUGCGAAUGAACCAGGAUGGGCUCACACCCCAGCAGCGUGUGGACAAGAUCUUCAAAAAGAUGGACCAGGAUAAGGAUGACCAGAUUACACUGGAGGAGUUCAAGGAGGCAGCCAAGAGUGACCCAUCUAUUGUGUUGCUGUUGCAGUGUGACAUGCAGAAGUAGAGGCUGGUGAGGGGCAGGGCCCCUGGCCAGGACAGGCAUGGCACCUCCCAACCUGAUGUCCUCUCUGCUGGCCCAUCCCCAGGGGGAGGGGCAUUCCAGCCUCACUCUCUAUCACCCACUCCUUCACCCAAGCCUUUCUCUCCUCAGUCAGGUACUAUGAGGGACCACCUCAUUCUGCAAAAGAGACGGGUCCUCUCAAGUAGCCUGUCCUCAGAUAGUCACUAGCUCCACCUCCAACCUUGGCCUAGAACCAACAUCCUUUGGGCUUAGGGGAGUUGGCUUUUGACCCAAGAGGCGAGGUUAGGGAGGGGCUGAGGACUUGCUUCGAGUUCCUGUUGUUCCCAGGAUUCUGCUUUAAAUAAACGGUGUGGCCCCACAGGCCCCUAGUCAAAGGGCCAAACUGGGUCUCUCCUUUCCAGAUUCCUUGAGAGGUGGUCUCCGCCCUGCCCCUUUGACUCUACCUGGCUCCUCUGGCCCAGCCUUUGGAACAGUCCUUGAGUCCUUUCUUCAGCUAAUGCUUGUUGAGCACUUGUUCAAUGCCAGGCACCUGAUGGUGCUAAGAAUACGGUUGUUUACAAAAAACACAUUCCACGCCUUCUGGAAGCUCACAGGGUAAUGAGACAACUUCCAGAGGUUGAGGU